AGCUAGCCGUUACCAUAGCGACUGGGCCUCGGCAGGUAAAUCCUAGCUGCCUUGUCAUCAUCCUGGGGCAUCUGCAGCACCGGAGGCCCUGGGGAAGAUUUUAGUCAAGAAAAAAAAAUUGAAAUUGCUGGAUUUACUCUUACCUGCUUGUUGGGAAGCACACAGUCAGUGGUGAAGAGCUCUGCCCAUGCUGUAGUUCCCGUCAUUCUCCAGAAGUCACACAACAGCAAGGAGUUGUAAGAAAGUCCUUACGAGUUUCGCCAAAAACGUCAGUCUGGAGUGAAUCAGAUGUUUCUGCUUAAUCGACAGGAUUUCAGUGAAUUAUGCCUUUUCGGUUUGGGACCCAGCCAAGGAGGUUUCCAGUGGAAGGAGGAGAUUCUUCGAUUGGGCUAGAAUCAGGCCUGAGCUCCAGUGCUGCCUGUAAUGGGAAAGAGACGUCACCCAAUAGGCAACUCCGAAGAUGCCCUGGAAGUCAUUGCCUGACAAUAACUGAUGUUCCCAUCACCGUCUAUGCAACAAUGAGAAAGCCACCUGUGCCAAGCAGCAAGGAAAUGCAUCCCAAAUAGCAUCAUUAAGUCUUCUGUCGAGGGUUGGCUAGGUCAAGGGUAAUGGGCCAGUAUCAUCUUCUGGUCUGUCUCGUAAACAAAUAAAGGUGGUGGCACGACUUGGGUGAUGCUAA